UACUUGGUCUCAGUACGCAGGUCAUAAACUUCAAUGUUUGUCGUUCAAAUCCUUCUACAGUAUCUGUAUUCCUGGAUUUAUUACCAAAGUAAGGAGUAUCCACAGAUUAUAAGAGUCUUAAAAUGUUAUGAAUAGGGAUGUGACCUUUUGCUAUGACAUCUAAAAAGUAUUCAGAUGAUCUUGAUCUGAGCUUGACUGGGUCUCAGAUUUCUGCCCUCUCCUCUAGCCGAAGACCAUCAUCUGCUUUGGGUGGAAAAAGACCCUGCUCAGCUUCUGGUGCAAGGGAGAAAACCUCAGCAAGUUUAGCUAAUGGAUUGGGAAGCAGUGGAAGCAGUUUGUCUGGAGGGGCCAAGAAGAAACAUGCAAGAGGUAGCAGCUUUAAUGCACCUUUAAGUCAAAGAAGUGAUGAUAAGUCUAGUACAGAAAAAACACCGAGGAAGCUAAAGCCUAGACUUUCAUCAGGAGAUGAGUUCUUAGCUCUCUUUGAGAAUGCCCAACCCAAGAUAAAACAGGCCAGCAGCAAGGCAGUGAAACCUACAGGGGCCAUAAAAGCAGUGCACAAUGAUUUGCUCCCCAAAAACAGCCCAUUACCUGUCAGUGCUAGAAGUACAAGUACAGUGAAUUCACAGUUAACUGACAGAUCUGAGACCAACAGUAGACGUCCACACAGUAUAUUCCAUCCUGUCAGUGCCCGGAGCUCAAUGACAGUAGACAGUGAUGCAGUUCCAGAAGUCACCCAUAGGACGGACCACACUGCAGAUGAAUGGUUUAGACGAUCAGGAGGGUCAGUGGUGACCAGGCAGUCUGUUGAAUCAACAAGGAAGCCUCAGGCUUUGGAACUUGAAUCUGUGGUCACUGCAGAUGAAGUGGAUGAACAGACAGCUGACUCUGCAAGGCUGAAUAGUCAGAGACCAAAAUCCCCACCGAAAUCUCUUAAUCUGAAUGCCAAUAGCAUUGCAAAUAAUAUGAAAUCUCCUCCCAUGACCUCAGUGGCAAAGACUUCAUUUAGUGAUAUGGAGAACUCCUUUCAGAACAUAAAACACAAAACUCCGGUGAAUCAAGUGAAAAGGAGUCCCAGUACUCCUGUUGGAAGGAACAUUGCUGAGGAUUAUAUUAAGACUGUUAAUAUGUCUGCAACAAAGAUUCAGAGAUGGUACAGACGUCAGUGCUCAAGGAGGAAAAGAGGAAGUUCUGUGGAAGUCAGCAGAGCUGGGGAGGCAGCAAUGAAAAGACUAUUGCAGCAGAAAAAACAGCAGAGAGAAGAGCAAAAGGACAGAGAACAAAAAGAACUUGCAGCAAAGGAAAGAGCUGAAGAAGAACAAAAGAAAAGGAGAGAAGAACGGGCACGCCAAGCAAGACAACAGGCUAUACAGUUGUUUCCAUUUAUAUUGGAUCUCUUUUGUUUCAGAGAUGAGUUCUUAGCUCUCUUUGAGAAUGCCCAACCCAAGAUAAAACAGGCCAGCAGCAAGGCAGUGAAACCUACAGGGGCCAUAAAAGCAGUGCACAAUGAUUUGCUCCCCAAAAACAGCCCAUUACCUGUCAGUGCUAGAAGUACAAGUACAGUGAAUUCACAGUUAACUGACAGAUCUGAGACCAACAGUAGACGUCCACACAGUAUAUUCCAUCCUGUCAGUGCCCGGAGCUCAAUGACAGUAGACAGUGAUGCAGUUCCAGAAGUCACCCAUAGGACGGACCACACUGCAGAUGAAUGGUUUAGACGAUCAGGAGGGUCAGUGGUGACCAGGCCGUCUGUUGAGUCAACAAGGAAGUCUCAGGCUUUGGAACUUGAAUCUGUGGUCACUGCCGUUGAAGUGGAUGAACAGACAGCUGACUCUGCGAGGCUGAAUAGUCAGAGACCAAAAUCCCCACCGAAAUCUCUUAAUCUGAAUGCCAAUAGCAUUGCAAAUAAUAUGAAAUCUCCUCCCAUGACCUCAGUGGCAAAGACUUCAUUUAGUGAUAUGGAGAACUCCUUUCAGAACAUAAAACACAAAACUCCGGUGAAUCAAGUGAAAAGGAGUCCCAGUACUCCUGUUGGAAGGAACAUUGCUGAGGAUUAUAUUAAGACUGUUAAUAUGUCUGCAACCAAGAUUCAGAGAUGGUACAGACGUCAGUGCUCAAGGAGGAAAAGAGGAAGUUCUGUGGAAGUCAGCAGAGCUGGGGAGGCAGCAAUGAAAAGACUAUUGCAGCAGAAAAAACAGCAGAGAGAAGAGCAAAAGGACAGAGAACAAAAAGAACUUGCAGCAAAGGAAAGAGCUGAAGAAGAACAAAAGAAAAGGAGAGAAGAACGGGCACGCCAAGCAAGACAACAGGCUAUACAGGAACUCCAAAAAAAGAGAGAGGAAAAAAGAUUAGAAAACAAACAGAUUGUGGAAGAAGAACUAGCAAAUUUAGAGGCCAGUGGAAAGGUUGGCAAGAAUUCAAGAUCAAAUGUUAAAAAGAGACCAGCCAGAUCAAAGAAAUCGGACAAUAAGACAGCAGAAGACAGUGACUCUGAUCCACCACUUAAAACACCAGAAAGUUUCAAUAGAAAAGUUGAGGAAAUAUUCCAGGAUAAUGGGCCUCUGAACAAUGAAGUAGAAUCACAACCUACUGAUAGAACUGAAGUCACCAGAGAGGAGGCUGAGGGUGGAGAGGUACAAGGGGCUACAGCAAGGACAGUUAGUCAGGCAGCAACUAAGACAACUCUUGAUGAUCUCUUAGAAACUCUGAAAGAAUUAGAAGCUGAAGAUAAAUUCCCAUCACCAAAGAAUGAAAAGAAGGCCUGGGCAGAAAGCAAUGAAAAACACUCAGGAGGUAGUGAAGAUGAAAGCUACUUGACCUCUGAUAAGUUGGAAAAGCUGAAUGCCAGGGACAAUGUGAAGAAAAGUGGAACUAUGACAGAAGACAAAUUGAGAAGUAUACUCUCUUUCCUAGAUGAUGUUGAUACUGCAGAGAGGUUGUCUGAAAUUGACCACAUAAAUCAAGAGGAUGUUAACCGCCACACAGCGGAGGUGUUUGAGUUGCCACCAAUGCUGGUGCCCUCAGCAGAUGAGAUAGUACAGAUGGAACAUGCGUCUGCCGCAGCUGCUGAGGUCACCAACACAGUGUUAGCACAGAAGCUUGAACUAGAGGAGAAGAAACGUACAGUGGCUAUGCUGCAAAAGGCAUUGAAUCAGCAGCGUGAGCUGACUGUUAGACAUGCGAAAGAGACAGAAAAAGAAAUGAAAAAGAGAUUAUUUGUACAGAAGGAAGAAUAUGAAGAGGCCAUUAAGAGACAUUUAUCAUUUAUUGAUCAGCUAAUUGAUGACAAGAAGGUUCUUGGAGAGAGAUGUGAGCAGCUUGAUAAAGAUGUGAAGACUAUGGUGAAGAAAUACACUGACAAAAUAAAGAGCCUUGAAGAAAAUCAUCAGAUUGAGAUGGACAAAGUGAAAGAGAUGACAUCAGCAGCUGAAAAAAUUAGGAGGGAAAAGUGGAUUGAUGAGAAGACCAAGAAAAUUAAGGAAAUGACGGUCAAAGGUUUGGAACCUGAAAUCCAGAGGUUGAUAGCAAAACACAAGCAGGAAAUGAAGAAGCUGAAGCAGAUUCAUGAAGCAGAGUUGUUGAAUGCAGAUGAGAGAGCUGGAGGACGUUAUGUUAGGAUGAAUGAGGAACUCCGUGAGCAACUGGAAAGGGAGAAAGACAUGGCUUGUCAGAGAGAAAGAGAGUUGGCAAGAGACAGAUAUGAAAAGCAGCUACAGCAAGAAGAAGAGGCAUACCAACAACAGAGGCGUAGACUCUAUCAAGAAAUUGCUGAAGAAAAAGAACGUAUUGCACAGCAAGCUGCUCGUCAGCGUACUGAGAUGGAUAAGCUUCAGCGCCAGCUUGAAGAGAGCCAUCAGAAUGCAGUGGAAGCCAUGAGAUCUGAGUAUGACACAGCUAGGGAAGAGCAGGAACGCAGGCAUGAAGCAGAAAUUAGGGACAUGAAAGAGAAAGUAAAAUUAGAAAAAGAUGCAUGGGAAGAAAACUACAAGAAAAAGCAAGAGACUUGGCUGAUUCAAAAAGAAAGAGAAUUAAAGGAGCAAGUAAGACGAGAAAGGGACAAGGAGAUUGAACUGGUCAUACAAAGGCUAGAAGAAGAUGCAUCUUCAUCAAGGGAAGAAUGUGAGAGAGCAGCUGAAAAUAGGAUAAAGAGAAUCCGAGACAAGUACGAAGGAGAAAUCCAAGAACUGGAUAGAUCGGAAAGACAAGCCAUGGAGAAAUACAACGAAAUGAAGGCAAGGCUCACAGAAUAUGAAGGUGAAAAUGAAAGAUUUAAAGUUCAGCUGAGACAAAAAGACCGUGAAAUAGCUGAUGCCAAAAAGCUGUAUGAGAAGUUAAGCAGUGAGAGAGGACAAGUGACUGAUAUUGUCAGGCAGGAAUUUGCUGACAGAAUUGUUGCUACAGAAGAAGAGUGCAAACGUUUGAAACAGGAAAUGGCAGAAAUGAAAUCUCGUCACAGGAUUGAACUUGAGAAAUCCAAAGAGGAGAUUGAACAGAUCCACAAAGCCAAAGAUGAAGAAAUGGAAGAAGUUCAUAAAAGAGUAAAACAAGCCAUAGCAAAGAAGGAAGAAACAGUAAAUCAGCUAAGACAGCAGUACCAAGCAGCAGUGAAGAGAGCAGACCACCUGGAGGGGCUUUUGGAACAGCAGAGGAAACAAUUAUUAGGGAAGAAAUAACAUGACUGACUGAUUUUUGUCAGCCAUAUCGAUUUUUUUUAGUUUGCAAAUUGCAAAUAUGAUAAUCUUUGCUAAGUGUUACAAUGAGUUCAGUUUAUCCAACUUUGCAAAAGCUUAACUAGUCACUCAUUUUGUUUUGCAUGUUAAACCUAUUUUAUGCAUUAACAUGUUGACUGUGAUAUCAUUUUCAUUGCACAAUGUACAUAGUGUGGAUUUAAAUGGUAAGAUGUUUUUUGUUUUUAGAAAUAAGGUUUCUAACUCUACAUAUUAGAUUUUUGUAAUCAAUGUACAAUCUUACUGUACAGAACUUUUGUAUGCUUGAAUUAUAUAUUUGUAUAGUGGCACCUUUAAGCUAGAACAUUGCUUUAUGUCAUACGGGUUAGUAGUGUGCAGCAAUAGAGAUUAUUUUAGCCACUUCAAUUUGUAUUUGUAACAUGAUAUAAUCAGUUAGUGGCUGUAAUCAUCAAAAGAAAAAAUUGUUUUAGUUACUCUAGGCUGUCAACUACAAGGCUUAGAAUUUUGGGACCAUAGACUUUAGGACCCGGGAAACAUUUGCAACAAAGCUCAAGUGAUUUACUGUUUAAAACAAGAAUAAAGAUCACCAUGUAAGCAUUUUUAUUUUGCCUUUUAAUGUGGUGAAUUUUCAAUGGCAUAUUUCUCAAUAGUAAGUGCUUAUCUUAGAUAUAACAAAUAUGAUGUUAAUCUCCUUUCCCUAAAGUUUUUUUUUCUGCAUUUCCCACUUUGUUGCCAUCUCUGUUACUGUACCCAUUUGUUUUGUGUAAUCCUUUGGCUUAUUUUAAAUAAAUGGUCACAUUUAUACAAAUGA